AUGGCCUGGAGCUGUUCGCUUUGCACGUUUGAGAAUGAAGAGUCCAUCGGUCAAUGUGCAAUGUGCCUUAACGCGCGGCCACUAACGCCACCGGCGUCUGGCCACAGCGCUAAGAAGGUGAAGACGCCAUCGCAAUCUCAAUCGUCGCUGCUCUUCAGUGUGGGCAGUUCUGCGGAGAAGGAACAGCAGCGCGUCCAGAAGAAGCUGCAGCAGCUUAGAGAACUGGGUAUUGAUCUUAUGGACCAUGAAAUGAUGGCAAUGCUGCAGCGCAACUGCUUCAGUGUCCCCGGAGCGGCCUCCGAGUACUUUGAGCGCUUGGCAGACACAGGUGACGCAACCCAGGAGGACGACGAGACCAAACGGAGGCUGGAGAGGACUCUACAGAAACUGGAGAACGUUGAUGCAGAUGGCGAGAGCUUCAAAGUGCUGGGUAAGACCACAGUGGAGGCGUCAGUCAACCGCCAGGGCGUGAAAGUCCAAGUGGGAGACGAACUACUGCUUUGUGCAGAGAAUGCUGGUAAAAAGAGACUGAGACCAGGACUAUCGACCGGUUCCGCGGCUUCCGGAAUUGUGAGGGUCACGACGUUGCAGCAGUCGCAGAUUGGUCGCCUAGAGAGGAAAAUGGAGACUUUGCUGCAUCCACUACUGAAGAGCAGACUCGUGAGACUCGGAGGAGUGUGCGAGACGCCGCCCGUGUCAGCUCAUAUGUUUGCGUCGUUUGACGUAAUUGUGUUUGUCUACGUCAGUGUCAAGGCUUUCGAGGUGUUUAACGAAGGCGACGCCAACUUUCACCUCUCGGAUCGGCUCUAUAAUCUGCUGCAGAUGAUGAAUGGAGCUGAAACGCCCUCGCUGGAUGCAUUAGCAUCACGCUCAAGCUCCGACGCGGAGGAUCCAUCGUCACAGGUGAACCCAGAGGACCUCGACACGCUGUUCUCUGAGUGCAUUGGAGCAAAUGAGCUUGGUGAUGCUGCAGACGGGGCGGGUACCGAUUCAUCGGAGCAUCUUGUGCAGUACCUGAAUGCUAUCGAGCUACGAGAUCAUCAGAAACAAGCUCUCAGGUGGAUGCUGUGGCGAGAGAACCAGUCGAGGAACGGCGUCAGUGAGCAAGAAAGCAACGACCCUAUGUGGGAGGAGCGUCACUUCCACUCUAAGAGCUCGUACUACGUCAACCCAUUCGAGAAAAGUGCGUCUUUGACUCGCCCGGAGCCUUCAGCCCCUUGUCUUGGUGGAAUUCUUGCAGACGAUAUGGGAAUGGGUAAAACAAUGAUGAUGUUAUCGCUUGUUGCCUACCAAAAACACACUUUGGUGGUUUGUCCUUUAAGCUUGCUACACCAGUGGAAGAAUGAAGCACAAGAACGCUUUCUUUCGGACACUCUGAGAGUUCAUGUAUACUACGGCGAAGAUCGUGACCUUGGAACUGGUCUCAAACCAGGAGCUUUGAACAGGAGUGACCUCGUGCUCACCACAUAUGGAGUCCUAUCAGCCGAGUUUGGGAAGAACGGCCUCCUCACGACGACCGAAUGGAACCGCGUAAUUCUUGACGAAGCUCAUAGCAUCAAGAACAGGUCAACGGGUUAUUUCAAGUCGUGCUCUGGGUUGAUGGCAACGCAUCGCUGGUGUCUCACUGGAACUCCCAUUCAGAAUACGCUGGACGAUAUGUUUUCGCUUCUGUGCUUCCUCCAAUACCAGCCUUGGUCUCGCGUUGCAUGGUGGAAGAGGGUGAUUACGAAGCCGUAUGAAGACGGCGACGACGUGAACGCGCUUGGCCGUCUAAAGGCAAUUCUAACACCAGUUUUACUGCGCCGGACAAAGCACUCGCGGGACAAACGAGGCAAUAUGAUCGUCAAACUCCCACCGAAGCACAUUGACCUGGUAAAGCUCGAGUUCUCUCCUGACGAGCGAGCCUUCUACCAGGCCGUAUUCGACAAAAGCAGAGCAGAGUUCAACGGUUUUGUUGCUAGCGGGGCAGCAACGACAAGUUAUGUCGCCAUUUUCGCGCUUUUGCUGCGUCUUCGUCAAGCUUGCGACCAUCCGUUGCUCGCUCUGGGCAAAGAUUUCGAACAAGCACUGACGCCAGGCGCAUCGACAUCGGUUAAGUCGGCUUUCCAGCCUCAGCAAAACGAGAGCUCGGAAGCUUAUUACCAGCGAAUUGCAGCACAGUUGCAAACGGACAUGCAGGCUAGCAGCAACCGCGCACAGCUCAUAGAAAACGGCUCGGAUGACCAAGAGGGCGCAUCGACAGGAGGCUUGACAGCGUCAUAUAUCCAGAGUGUGAUCGCACAAGUGGAAGACGGCUUGGACUCUCAAGAGUGCCCGAUCUGCUUGGACCCGCCCCAGAAUGCUGUACUGACCCCGUGCGCCCACGUCUUGUGCGACCAAUGUCUACGCGACAGCCUCGGAAACGACCCCGACAACGGCUGUCCCGUGUGUCGAACUGUGGUGGAUACGGCGAAAGUGUUCAAGUUGCCGCCCCCAAAAGCACAGGGUGAAGCCAGCAGCUCAGCCGACACAAAAACCAUCAUUACGCCUUCUGACGACGACGACGGUACGGGCCUUGAGUCUACUAAACUUCAGCAGCUUUUGCGUGAUGUACAAGCCAUCAAACUGGAGAACGAGAACGCCGAUUCGCCCGACCAGAAGCGCAAAGUUGUGGUCUUUUCACAGUGGACGUCGAUGCUUGGCAUGGUCUCGCAGCUUCUGACGCGUCAUGGGUUUUCCCACUGCUCGUUCAACGGUGGACUAAACCAGGAGGCACGAGAGCGAGUGUUGACCAAAUUCGCCAAAGACCCGGACGUGGAGGUUCUGGUUAUCAGUCUGAAAGCUGGCGGUGUGGGUCUCAAUCUCACGUGUGCGUCAGUGGUGAUUCUACUGGAUCCGUGGUGGAAUCCUGGCGUGGAGGAGCAGGCUGUUGAUCGUGUGCAUCGUCUGGGUCAGACACAAGAUGUGAUAGUGAAGCGCUACGUGGUGAACAACACAGUGGAAGAUAUGAUCUUGCAGCUGCAACAGCGGAAGGAAAAACUGGCCAAACACGUGCUCGUGGUAGCCAAGGCCCAUGAUGAGCGACGCAGCGAGCGACUCAACCUCGAUGACCUGCGCAGCUUCUUCCGGUGA